CGAUACUCCUCCAUUGUAGUAAUUUCGCCAAAAAUUAUGAAUGAUUUCUUCUGUGCACAUCCAAUAAAGAUGUUGAGGCAGAGCAAGCCAGGAAGCUUAGCGGUUCUGCAUGGCUGUUAUCUCUUGACAUACUGAAAAUGAACUACUUCGUGCAAAUGUAAGUUCUGCACCUGCAAACAAAUAUUGAAUUUUCUAUCUGAACAACAUUAAUAUUUUAUCCACCAAAGAUCGUGGGAAAUUUAAUUGACGCAGUAAUUGAAGCUAGAUUAACAUAGCCUACAUUUAUUUUUAAUCGACCAUUGUGAUUGUCACAAUCGCCUGUCUGCCUUGUACGUGGUCAUUUAGUACACUUGCUACCCAUGUUGCAUCGACGUGCAUAUUGUCCAUUUUCACCUGAGUAAUCACCAAGUCCAGACUAAUCAUACUCCUCACAUUUUAUAAUCAUUAAAACCGAGGGAUGUUGCCGUGCCAUGAAAGAGAAAAUGGCGACACUCAGAGGCAUGGCACGGACAAGACUAUAAUAUGAAGGUUACCAAUCAAUACUUUCCGUGGAACAGUGUACACAGCUGCAGUCUACCAACGAAGGUGACUGUGCAGUGCCAUUGUAUGCUGGCCUGACGUCACCAGCAGCAAAUAGCCUUUUGCAACUGGUGAAAUUGAUCGUACAUUGUGGUAGUAGAAGUAUGGUAUAAGCCAUGGUUUGAGCUGUCGGAUGCAGCACAGAUGAUGAUAGCAUUUCAUUGUCUGAAGACAGAUUGUUGGUUGUACCGUUAAGACAUUAUGUGAGUGUGAGCAUCAAGAGGAGUUGGGCACUAGCAUAGGAAAGCUUGUAUAUCGAGAGAGUUUACAAGGCAGGUUUUUGAGAAACAUGGCCAAUGUCUCAUACGACAUUCCAGCUGUUGUUGCACUUGCUCGCAUGUUUAAGUAGGAACACCCAACUCGACGACAUACGGAAUGGGAAGCGGCUCCUCCAAAAAGGCCAAGCAACUUGAGGCAGAGGAGAGAGAAUUUAAGAAGAGAAACAUGCAAAAGGGGAAAGCGAUUGAUGACGAGGAGGAGGAGGAGGAGGUAGGGGAAGAUGGGAAGAAGAGAAAGAAGAAACAAAAGGAUGACGAGUUCCUUCUUGGAACUUGCAAAGGUCACAAAGGAGGCAUCAAUUGCAUGGGUAUCAACGAAGAUGGAAAUAUGAUCAUCACUGGUGGUGAAGACAAAACGGCGAGGUUGUGGAACUUGGCCACUUUCGAAUGUACUAAGGUACUGAAAGGACAUAAAGGGUACCUAACCUGCGCCCAAAUUCUGGAUGAAUUCUGCUACACUGGAGCUGCUGAUCGCACGGUAAGGAAAUGGACAGCUAAGACUGGCGUGUGCGAGUUAGUAAUCGAGGGGCAUGCUGCACCUAUCAAUAGACUUAUCUGUACUGGGGACUUCCUCUUUACUAGUUCUUAUGAUCGCACCGCUAUGUGCUGGGACCCUGAUGACGGAGAACUCUUACAUAUAUUCCGUGGGCAUCGUCGAGGGGUCACCCCUCUUAUGUACAUACCUGCCGAAGAUGCUCUUAAAGAUGAUGUGGUUGACAUUGAGAGUAACCGAGACAUCUUGGUGACAGGUAGUGCUGAUGGGACGGCUAGGUCUUGGAAUAUGGACUCUGGUGACAGCUUGGUUACUUUCAAGGGACACAAAGGUGGAGUAUUGUGCCUGGCUGCUGAUUCAACUGGAAGUAUUCUGUUCACUGGGAGUGCCGAUUGUACUGUAAGGAGUUGGAAUAUCAACAACGGAGAAGUCUUCAAGGUGUUUGAGGGCCAUCAGAGUGCCGUCGUCUGCCUCCAGGUGAUGAACAAAUUGAUGUACACGGGCAGCUCUGACCAAACCGCCAAGUGCUGGGUGACUGAAUUUGGUGAUUGUACACGAACAUACCAAGGUCAUAAACACACAGUCAGCACUGUUCGCUUCCGAGACGGAUUGGUUUACACUGGAUGUGGGGACAAUUGCGGGAGAGUCUAUGAUGCCAAGUCCGGGGCAUUGAAGAGGACGUUCAAGGGCCAUGAGUACUGCAUUAAUGCUAUCUUGGUGAUGCCCCAAAAGAUGCUGACUGCGUCUCAUGACGGAACAGCGAAAUUAUGGGACUGUUCCGGUAUCAAAGAUGAAAUCACCAGCUUCGGUGACGAAGAGGAAGAGAAGGAGAGAAAGAAAGCGGAGAAAGAAGAAAAGAAAAGACAAAAAGAGCUGAAGAAAAAGGAAAAGAAAGAAAAAGAAAGAUUAGAAAAAGAGAAAAAGAAGAAACCAUCGAAUCAAACUGAGGAUAGGGAAAGUUUACCCGAGAAGAAUAAUUUUGAGAAAAGCGAAAAAGAACCUGAAGAGAAACAAGACACGGGAAAAGAAGAUGGAGAUGGAUUAGAUGAGGACAUCUCACGAGAAAUUGAUAUGAUUAAUAAAGAUAUGGAUGACCUAUAAACACUUGGAGUAGGAGAACAACUCACUUCAGUUUUCUCAAGGCACUUUUCACCAAUCAAAUAUUUAUAAAUUGUUUGUGAUUGUUAAGAGGUUAAUGUUGUCAACGAUCAAUGAAAGAUCACCGCCUGUAAAGCUAAUGAUCAAUAUUAAUGGACCAAAACGAAGUUUACUUAGACAAAGUUAGGAAAUGUUGGAAUUAUGAUCAAUUUUUUUUUUAAUUGUGCGAUUGUAUUACUAUUGCUACAGUGCAUGCCUUCACCAAAUUUUUCUUGGUUUUGGGAUGCCUUGUAUAAAAAUAAAUUUACAUAUCAAAAGUUAUUACAACAGAAGGCUUAUUAUAGACAUUAAGCACUCCCCCGUCCAUGUUCAUGAAAGGUAAUGUAAAGACCAACGUGUAUGUCUUUUUUUGAUGAUUUUAAAAAUCAAUCAUUUAUAAAUGUUGUAAUACUUGUCUUCAGCUUAAAAGUAAAACCAUCAGUAAAUCAUCGAUGACCCGUUGAAAUUAGUGCUUUAACGGUUUUAUUAGUGCAAACGAUAAAGUUGACGCCUACAAUUUUUCUCGUCAACUUGGCACCUUGGAAACUCGGCAUAAAUUCGGCGCCGACUGCAGUAUCCCGGUACAGAAUUGUGUUUGGUGUCGUGUUUCGUCGAUCGUAGGGCGACGUCAGAUAUAAUAAAGGAAAUGCGAAUGGGUCUUCAUAAAUACCAUUCUUUUCUUGGGAAACAACUAACCCAUCAAAACGUGUGCACUUUUAUCAUGAAACUAAACCAUGAGUCUAAUCUGUUUUAUCCAUUACAACAAAAAUAAGUUUGUCUGCUUAUUUUAAUUCAGAAUUACCAAUUUGUAAUUCCCACGUUUACCUGGAUAAAGAAAUUGUCAUUAUACUUCGUAACAAAUAUUUCGUUUUUAUUUUAAUUUAGAAAUCCGUAUUUUUGUGUCCUACAACUUUUGUUUUGGCAUUGCCCCGUUGAUUUUGUGUAAUGGUUUACGAUUACCUGUAGUUGUCUUAGCACAUGAUUAAGGAAGCACAUGUGUACAUUUUGUUGCAAUAUUUAACUAUUGCAGAUGAAAUGUGAAAAUGUAAUAUUAAUUGGUAGCAAUGGACAGGCAAAAAUGCCAAAAACACUAUAGGGUAUGAUAAUAAUGGCUCAACAUUAAACGUGCUGACGCAUUGCAUUCUAACGAUCUUA